GAGUCUUGAAACCACCGAUCACAACCUACACGUUUAACUGAAACGGCUCAAAACCCUAAGAGAUAAGAUUUCAAAGCUCCGGUGACUGCUUUCUGGUCUCUCACAGUUUCUUCACGUUUCAGACUGACUCUUGAGCUUGAGCUUCACAAUGGCUCCAAGAAGAAGAGGUCCACGGGGUCGACCAACCCAGAAGGUUUCUCGUAUGGCGGCUGCCGUUGAGGCCAUGGCGGAAAUGGGUUUUGAGCCCAAACUGGUUCGUCAGAAAGUGAACCGGUUACUGAAAGACGACCUUUAUGGAGAUGAGGGCUGGCGUUUUAUUGAAGAAUCCUCAUACAGUGUACUACUUGAUGCUCUUCUGGAGGAUGAAACAAGUGGUGAUGAUAAUGAGAAUGCUUCUCUGUCAAAAGACGGAAACCAUGUUGAAACUACCGGGGCUGGACCCUCAUCGAGCAAGGUUUUAUUGCCAUGUUCAAAUCUUGAGGCUGUGAACAUAACAUUACAGAGCAAGGAUGAUCUGGAUCCUGCAUCACACAAUGAAGCUCUGAACAAUUCACCCCCCACUGAAUUGCCUGAUGCUAGUAACUUCCUACCUACUGUAGUAGAAACACAAGGCCAGGAAGGAACUCCAGUUACCCACUCUGCACAACAAGUCGAUACUCUUCCAACCAGAAGGCGCAGACCAUACUACGGUUGGGUUGGAUGUGAAGAUGAUGAUUUUGUGGUACUAACAGAGGCUCCAUUGCCAGGAGUGUUGCGGAAAAUGUUUAUUCCGAAUGUUGAUUCUGGUAAGAGAAAGCGCAAGAGCAGGUGGGAUGUGCAGCCUCAGGAUAUGUGAAGCUCACUCAUUUGCUUUUCAUCCUAGCGAGCU